AUGCCCGCCCGCAACCCCACCGGCUUCGAUAUCGCCCAAUUCAAGGCCGCAGCCUCCCCAUCUUCCAGCUGGGCUAAGCGGGACCCAUGGGCUCGCAAUGAGGCCUGGCGCUACUACGGCCCCUUCAGCCGCUUCAACCGCUUCAAGGGCCUCUUCCCCGGCUUCGGUAUCGCGACUGUCGCUUUCGCCGGUUACUGCACAUACGAGCACUUCUUCCUGAAGGACGACCACCACGGUGACGCUCACCACGGCGACGGCCACCACUAA